GCCCUGUUAAUGAAUAAUAAGAGGAAGCACCAAAUCAACAUUAUUAGCAUUAUUAUUAUUAUCAUCAUUAUUAUUAUUACGUAGUUGUAGCCACUGCGCAUGCAAGUGUGUGUGUGUGUGUGUGUGUUAGGGGGCGGGAGGGAGUGGGGGUAGGAGGUGGGUUGAGGGUUAAGAAUAGCUGAUCUGCAUGCUGCUGAAUGAAGUGUCGGUUUUCAGCGCUCUAAACUCCUCCUCUACGGACGGGGCUGCUGCUUUCCUUCCACUCGAACAACCCAAGUAGUUUUUCGGAGCGCACUCUCCGGCAGCAAUGUGGAGGGAAGGGGCGAACAGUUGAGCAGUUUUUCUUUUCCCCACUCCCACUUCUUUUUGAGUUCUCCUUUUUUUCUCCCCCCCACCCCCACCCCCACCCCUAGUUUUGAACUUUGCGUGUUUUUUUUUUCUUCUCUUUUUUUGAUAUAUCUAUAUAUUUUUGGUCGUGGAGGGGGAAACACAGCGCAACACUGUUCAAUAAAGGGAAGGAAAGCAGCUCUGCGACGCGUGUUUUCUUUUUUUUUUUUUCCCUGCUGUUUUUUUUUUUCUUCACUUGAGCCAUUGUUUCUCACGCAUGGAUAUUAAGGAGAUAAAGUCGGACGUGCUGCUUUCUCUCCGGUAGGGUUGUAGUUAAUGCUAGAACUGUAAGGAGGAGAGCAUUAUUCCUAUUCCUCAGUAGCACACAAGAGCUAAACAAGAAAAAAAAAAACACGUACAGGGACCACAAGUUUGUCCGCAAGCUGCGAAAGAGGCGAAACUUUGCCAAGUUGCUGCGCAUCCGGCCGCAGAAGCCAAACAUUUAUCGAUAUUUUUUUUUUCUCCCAACUUUUAUUUAUUUUUUUUCUCUUUUUAACUGUGGAUUAUCAUCACAAGCCUGGUCAUGGAUCACGGAACCAAGUUCAGAGGAUGAAAUGGGAGUUGUGAAACAUGAACUGUUGUAGUUAGUUCACUCCAACCAGUGGCACGUUUUGGACUGUACGCUGAGAAAAGAAAAAAACUGCUUUUUGUGAGCGUGUGUGUGUGUGUGUGUGUGUGUGUGUGUAUUUUUCUCCUUCCUUCCUUUUCGAUCCUUUCCACUCGGGUGCCAAAAUGCCACAGCUGAACGGAGGCGGCGGGGACGAUCUGGGGGCCAACGAUGAAAUGAUCUCGUUUAAAGACGAAGGGGAGCAGGAGGAGAAGAUCUCCGAAAACGUCUCCGCGGAGAGGGACCUGGAUGACGUGAAGUCCUCCUUAGUGAACGAGUCGGAAAACAACAGCAGCUCUUCAGACUCGGAGCAGGCAGAGAGGCGCCCCCAAACCAGACCCGACUCAGAAAGUUAUGAGAAAACAAGAGAUUACUUCGGUGAAGCACUAAGAAGACAGCAAGAUGGUGGCUUUUUUAAGAGCCCUCACUAUCCGGGCUACCAGUUUCUUAUGUUUCCUGACCUCACCAAUCCAUACCUAUCCAAUGGUUCGCUGUCUCCCAGUGCAAGAACGUACCUUCAGAUGAAGUGGCCUCUUUUGGACGUUCCCGGCUCUGCAGGAAUAAAAGACUCUCGUUCUCCGACACCAGGGCAUUUAUCCAAUAAAGUUCCCGUGGUACAGCAUGCCCACCACGUCCACCCGCUGACGCCCCUCAUCACCUACAGCAAUGAACACUUCUCUCCCGGCACGCCUCCAUCACACCUCUCACCUGAGAUCCUCGAUCCAAAGACAGGUAUUCCUCGAACACCUCAUCCAUCAGAACUCUCUCCAUACUACCCUCUGUCUCCUGGUGCUGUCGGCUCGAUUGCACAUCCUCUCAGCUGGUUCAUGCAACAGCAGGGCCAGCCCAUGUACUCCAUCCCUCCGGGGGGAUUCCGUCACCCCUAUCCGACGUUGGCCAUGAAUGCGUCCAUGUCCAGCUUGGUGUCCAGCCGUUUCUCCCCUCACAUGGUGACCCCUCCUCCGCACAGCCUCCACCAGACCGGCAUCCCCCAUCCUGCCAUCGUGUCUCCAGCCAUCAAGCAGGAACCCAGCGGCGACAACAUCAGCCCCUCCAUGCACGCCAGGAAGUCUCCCGUUCCUUCCAAGAAAGAGGAGGACAAGAAGCCUCACAUCAAGAAGCCGCUGAACGCUUUCAUGCUGUACAUGAAGGAGAUGAGGGCCAAGGUAGUCGCAGAGUGCACUCUGAAAGAGAGCGCUGCGAUUAACCAGAUCCUUGGGAGACGGUGGCACUCGCUGUCCAGAGAGGAGCAGGCCAAAUACUACGAGCUGGCCAGGAAGGAAAGGCAACUGCACUCGCAGCUCUAUCCCGGCUGGUCGGCACGGGACAACUACGGAAAGCGGAAAAAGAGGAAGAGAGAGAACAAGCCAGACUCCAAACCAGAGGACUUCUCAAUAAGGAGCAAGAAACAGUGCGUGCAGUACUUGCCCUCAGAAAAGAUGUGCGACAGCCCGGCGUCGUCUCACGGGAGCAUGCUGGACUCGCCGGCCACGCCCUCCGCCGCCCUCGCCUCCCCCGCCGCCCCGGCUCCCACUCACUCCGAACAGGCUCAGCCGCUGUCGCUCACCACCAAACCGGAGGGACGAAUGCACCACCACUUCUCUGUACCCGGGAAGACCUCUGGCUCUGCAUCCUCCUCCUCCUCCUCAUCCUCCUCCUCCUCCUCUUCCUCCCAGCCCUCCAUCGCCAUCCCCAUCGGUACUUUGGGAAGCCAGUCGAGUACACCCAUCCUCACCCGGCCAAUCCCCUUCACCUCCCUGCACCACUCCAUGCUCUCCCCGCCAUCCCCCUUCCAUCAGGCGGCCCUCCACUCCCAUCAUUCCCUGUUCCAGUCGCAGCCGCUCUCCCUGGUCACCAAACCAACCGAAUGAAUUUGCAAAAUGUGUUUUCUUUUCUUUUAAUUACUUGUGCUGUAUAUUGCUUUCCUUUAAGAAUAGGUAUUAGAACAACUUUUUUUCUAAAUGAUGAAAAGGAAGAAAUAUUAUUGGUCAAUAUUUGACCGCCUCCUUUUCUACAUCUCUUAAUGAAAACAAAAUGUAUUUUUUGUAAAGUUUACUGCAGAACUGGGUUCUUUGUUUGUUUGUUUGUUUUGUUUUCUUUGAUGCAUUUAUCCAAUGAACCUCUUGUAUAAAAGAACCAAUGUACAUAAAGUUUCUUUAUAAAAGCAAAAAGGAGACAAAAACAUUUUCUUUUUAGCCAAAACCUAAUUAAUGUUAGUAUGAAGUUUUCAGUUCUAGUCCUGGCCAAUAAUUGCAAGCCCUUUUUUUUCUCUCAAUUCACGAGUGUGUUCCCCUUCUUUGACAUGUUAAAUAAACAUUUGAAAUGGUUUCG